UAAUAUGAAGUCUCAUUUUUAAAUCAGAUUUGGCAAGAAAAAAGAGGAUAAAGGUGUAAAAAGUGAUCAGAAGGGAAACUCCAAACAAGUCACACUGAAAGAAGUUGACCUAGAAAAGAGGAAGGAGGAACGGGAAAGGAUCAGUGCAAAACAUCAAGAACUCCGUCAGAAGCAGAUCAGGGGACUUGCUGAAUAUUCCACAGUUCCUAUGGGAGCCCCGCCUGAUCUUGAUGAUGAUGACACAGACCCAAAUUAUGCACGAGUGAAUCACUUCCAAGAAGUAUAUCCAGUUAUCAAUUCCUACCAUCUUUCUUGUCCAUCUGUUUCUGAAGCUUAUGGUGGGUGCAAUAAUCCUACAGCGCCUCUGGACAGGGACCACUUAGAAGGAUUAUAUGCAAGGAUAAACAAGCCAUCCCAUCAGCAUGCUCCUGUUGAGAGUGAUCGUCCAUCUAUUGGAACUGCUGAUCGCAUCCAGAAGUUACGGAAAGAGUAUCAUCAGGCAAGGAGAGAAGGUGUACCUUUAUAUGAUGAAGAGGAAGGUAGAUCAGAUUAUGAUCAGCAUUGGGUGUCUGGAAAGGGUCCAGAUGACAUUCCACACCACCUCCAGUUUGAAGGCAUAGAAAGACAGUAUGCUUCUUUACCCAGGCAUGGAUCUGUAGAACCAAUGGAAUAUUUAACAGGACUACGGAUAGCACACAAAGAAAGAGAUCUACCCUACUCUCCUGCAAGCCAAUCUGCAGUUCAUCCCUCCAAAGGGAGCUACCUUCAUCCACCAGAUGGCCCAAGAGCAGCAGAGUUACGGUAUUCACAGUAUUUCCCACCACAGCCAGUAAUUCAGCACAAAAGACCUCUCCGUCAAGAUGUACCACCAUCCCCACCACAAGGCCACAGAGUUCCACCUUAUAAUGAGGUGGCCAGAAUAGAACACCGACAAAGCACUCCUGAUCAGUACCAAUGUAGGUCUCAAGAUCCAAGGCAGAAGGACUCUGUGACUGCAGCUGUAUAAUUGAAAGCUGGACUGUUGUUGAUAUUUUUUUGUUGACUUCAUCUUACAGUUAGUCCCUCAGAAGUCAUUUCUGCACUCUCAACCUAUUGCAUAUACUAGAGUCACCCACCCAUUAUUUUGCCAACAUACCAGUAAUAAAGACAAGCUUUAUAUUUCUUCAGCACUGGCUGGGUGAUGCUAUGAAGAUGCUAUAAGUCAUUAACUCUGGCCAAUUUAUGACCAGAACAUGUACUGUAUUGCAAACUCAUAUAAAUGGUACAUGUCCUUUAAGUAUUGAAGAGUAAGAGAGUUUUUUUAAGUGCUUAAACAGGAUGGUAGUACUCAGCAGUAUUUCUAUGCACAUCACAAAGUGUCACUCAGGGCUAUUUGCACACAGGCACAAAAAAGAAAGUCAAAUUGUCUUGGAGAGAGGGGGAGAGAAAAUGAUUAUAGAAACGGCACAUAAGGGUACAAUCAGGAUACAGGUUCUUUAUUAAGACUUCCUCUGAACUGAAAAUUUGGAAAUAUUCUGCAGUAUCAUUGAAAUGUAUUCCUUUCAAAGUAUGACCUGGAACUUGUUAUUGUCCUCAUCUCUGAAUCCUUUAUUAAUAUUCUUUUCAGCUGCUUAUAAGGAUGCUUCAGUUCUGAAGCCAUUUUUCUCCUCUUCUUUUCUCUGUUUUCUAAUAACAAGAGCAGAUGGACAAAUUUAAAAGAUGCCUAAGAGCACCAUACAGUGUUGCAUUGUAAGGUUUCUGGAAGGAAAUACAAAAGGGCUCAGUAUGUAAUUUCCUACCUCUGAUUUCACAACUAUUACAAGAUUGAGUUCAUUUCUAUGCCAGUAUAUUGAUGUGUGUGGAUGACUAGGUGUCUUUAUGUCUUAAGAGAGCUGAUUCUCCAUUGAUACCAAUGGAGCUUGUACUUAAUAAUUAUAUAGUAGGAUACAGUUAUCAGUUUGUGCUCUGGUGAUAUUUUACUACUAUUUGUUUCCCUAGUCACAACUCUAAAUCAAAAAGAUUACAGGAUGUCUGUGGAAUAUUGUGUUUUUAGGAACUCAUUUUUGCUAGACCACCAUCCUUCCUCAUGGCCCUAUCAGAAAACAAAUUAUUUUCAAGCACUUGGGUAACUGUUAGACUGUUAUUUGUUAGUUAUUUGUUUAAGUCAACUGUGCAAAGCAGCCCUUGUCUAAUCCUAGAGGGCUUAGCAGAGGAAAGGUUUGUUAAAUGCCAAGGAUUACAGUAUUUAGAUCUUUGGGGGCAUUGGAGAAUUCUAGAUUUAAAAAGGAGGAAAAAGAAAUAAUAAUAGUAUAAUUAUCAAGUGAGAGAUUUGAGCAUAACGCAGGUUCCACUGAGGUAGAAUCAUAGUAGGAAUAUCCAGAAUGGAAGAAAAGGGUGAGGUGUCAAAAAAUCAAAAUGGCAGCUUCAACUGAACAGUCAAAGCUACCAUUUUGAUAGUUUUUACCUCUUGUCUCCAUGGAUGCCCUGAAUCAUAAUGUACUGUAGUUGUGAUGAAUGUGUCUAUAAGAAAAGAAGGGAAAUGACAAACUUUGCACACUUCUGUAAAAUGCAAAGGUAGUUUAAGUUCUCACAAUUUUUGUGGUUUGCCACUUAAGACUAAUGAAACUUCUGAGACUUGCUUCAGUCUUUAAAAGCUUCUCUAAAAAGUCUCUAAUAGCUUCAGCAUAUUUUUUUAAUUCCAAACACUGACUGGGGACUCAUUUUAAGUCUCUGUUACAGCCCUUUUCCUUCCAAAUGAAAGAUUUUGGGCUUGCCUUGGCCACAGAAAAGAGUUGAAAAAUCCCUGGGUUUUAUUUUGGUAUGCAGCAAAUUAACAAGAUUCAUUAUAGAGGUCAUUUAAUAAUUAUCAUAUAUUGCUCAACGGGGGGCAUCAAGCAGGCAGAGCCAUUUAUCAUUUAGCCUUUCUGAAAUGGCUUCAUUUCACCAGGUAUCCUCAAGAGAUUUGGUUUAUAGAGUAUUCAUUAUGUACACAAAUUUGUAUUGCUAUAUUUUAGAGAGUCAGUUUCUCUAAUGUCCCAGAAAGAGUCAGCAGCUUGGUGUGAAUGCAGCCCUGAUUUCUUAUGCAUUCAUAUUCAGAAACUAUGAGGUACUAUAGUGAUUUUGAAUCAAGGUUGAAGGUCAUAGCCUUUUUCCAAAACUACCCAUUAAAUAUAUGAGAACAUGGGGCUAAGUGGAAAGCCUCCAAGUAAGGAGAAAUAGCAAGUAUGAUCAUUUUAAUAGGGGAAUGUCUCCAAGAAGUGAUUUUUGUAACACACAUAGUGUAUGCACAUGUGUUGAAGUUUUCCCCUAAAAUUCAGAGUUUUAUGGCCAUUCAAAGGCCAAUUAUCUAUUUCCAGUAGAUGAACUUAAUUUCAACUGGCCCUGAAUGAUUAAUCAAGAAUCAAUUGCAAGGAAUUGGAAGACUACAUUGAUCCUUCCUUCAAAAAAUCUAUUUAUAUAAAUGAACAAAUCUUAUUCAUGCCAUUUUAAGCAGUUAAUUCUCCCUACCCACCUCUAUGUAAUCACGUCUGAAAUUGAUAACUUACUCACUUUUGUUAAGCCAACAUUUUCAGAAAUCCAUAUUGAGUUGAACUAUUGCAGUGAGAAUGGAGAAAUUACAUAUUGUGAACACCAGUAUAUAGUGACUUUGCACAUACUUGUGAUUCAGGCAGACAAUUUCUUUUUAUAUCAGAUUUUAUUUUUCUGGCUAAUUUGUCAUCCCACAAUAGAUGGAUUUCCUUAAUGUGUGUAGUGUGUGUGUGUGUGUGUAUUCUACUUUUCAUCUUUGUAAAUCAUGUCAGGUAUAUAGCAUAUUUAUAACUUACAUGCAACAAGAAACACAUCCAAAUUCAACUCUUCUCUGUUUGGAACUGCCAAUGCUUCCUUUUUAUAAUCUCCUUAGUUUUAAUGAGGCCUCAACAUAAUUCAGAAGUGAUGUUGGUUGUCUUAUUUAAUCUGUGAGUAAAGUUCCCUGGACUAAAUUCAGUUUAUGUUUUCCUUAAUUGUUGUGCAUGAAACAGAUGUGGACAUCUAUUUGAGUAGGAAUAUUCAAGAAUUCUAAAUUUUGGGGUAGCCAUUCCAAGGUUGAGACAGAUUUACUUUCUUCUUCAGGGAUUAGGCCUCUGAUUCUGAUUCAAGUAUAAAGCCUUCGAUUUCUAUUUAAAAAAUCUAUAUUCUUAAAUGAAUAUAUUUGGCAAGAAUGCAGUAGAUGCAGACAAUCCGAAGUGAAAUGAAACUAUUUUAAUGUGCUUUUCUUUUUUUUAAUGACCCUAACUUAUAAUGCAAAGGUCUCCUUGGAUAGUAACAAGAAAUAUUGAUGACACUGGCUUUCUCAAGCCUAAUCAUCAUUAAAAAUAGCCUUGAAAGACAAAUCUCACCUUAUAAAUCCAUGCUGCUAAACUUUAUCCUACCCUUGACAAAGAUAACUGACAGCAUUUCAGAAACAAAGCUAACAGGAUGAAAAAAGUCUGUCUAAGUUAUUUAUCAUUUUGAGGCUGGUGCUCAAUUAUUCCUGUGCAGCUGCAAAUCCCAUCUGAAAACUCCCAUUGACUACAAUGGCCCAGUUUGAUAGAGCAAGUCAGGCAGGUCAAAAGUAGAUUGUCCGGGCUGUUAAUCUUAACCAGUAGCUUAUUUAACAGUGUCUCUUUUUUGGAUCAGUAAGGGAAUUUAUUCCCUGUUACAAAAUAAUAGGUGCAGCACAACACUAUAGAGGUGUUUUGUGCAGGUGCAAGAAAAAUGAAAAUUCUUGGGUUGAGUGUGAGAAAAAGUGCAAAAGAAUUACAUGUCAUCCUCCUCAGUCCAGAAAGCCAGGAUUCUGACUUGGGAAAAACAUGUGGAUGUGUUAAUUGAUUUCAAGAGGUAUGUGUUCAUCAGAGAACGGUUGUGGAAACUUUCUCAGCACCAUAUUGCAGAAAAAGUGUAGCACACACUUACAUCACAAGGUGCUAUAGCUGAUAGAUGACAAUAUACCCCUUGAAAAAGCAUAAUAAAAACUAGCAUCAGCUAUUGAGAAAAUAGCUGCUCUUUUUCCCUUUGCAGCCAUACAUUUGGGAAGCCAUAUAAAUUAUCUAAAUAGAUAAAUAAAAAUAUUAUUGACCAGCAAAAAUCCAUUUAUAUUCUAAUAUACUUUGCAUUCAUUUGCUUUAAAAAACUACCAAUCCAGCAGGAACCACUUGUAAAAUGGCUUUUAAAGUAUGGAUCCCUUUCUAGGCAGAAAACCAAAUGAAACCUUCUUCUAUGUCCUCAUUUCAAUCUCACUUUUCUAGAAAAGGAGGAAGAGGAUGCAGGAGAACUAAUCUAAUAAAGCGGGAAAGCAAUCCCAGGAUUUAUACAAAUGCCUUGGUUCAUUUUCUGUGCUUUCUGAUCAGAAGAAUUACUAAUCCAAAAGCAAUGUAUUGCAAUAGUUUUACUAUUUUUUACAUCUACUCAACACUUAUUUUGACCCAUUUCCAGCUUAACCAAGAAAAAAAGGCUAAGGAAUUGCUUCUUAUUGAUGCUUUCUUUAAAAGCUUGCUAAAGAAUGAUUCUACAGACAAACUUUAUUUUGAACAAUUGAUACACCCAAGAGGGAAACAUUCAAUUGAUAAUCAUUUAGUAGGGUUGAAAAGCUGCUAACAGUGGGCAACCAAACUUAAAUAUUGGGCAAGCUUAUCAGCCACAGACGAUUGAUAAGAAUCUUCUAAAGUAACUAGAAAAACCACUGUACUGUCUACCAAAUUAUUGGUGACACUUUUAAAAAGCCUGAAUUGGAUGUGUAACUAUGACCACCUGUAGAAUCCCAAAAGAAGGAGCUAGCUCUGAAAACCUGAAUGAAAAUGGUGGCUGAGCAAUAUAAAAGUUUUAGGAAAGCCCCCUUCUCCAAAUGUAUCUCUAAACUCCUCUCCCAGCUAAAAUCCAGAGCCAGAAACAAUUUCACAUCCUGCAUAGUUAUGCCUAGAGCAAAAACCAUUCUUUUCUCCUAGUGAAAAAUGUUCUAUAAGUUCACUUAUCUCUUAGGGCAGCCCAUGCCUUCCCAUACCAGGCCCUUGUUCAGAGAACCUGGGAAGGUGAUUUGUGCACUUGAGUGCUGCUUGUUUUGACCCUCAGCAUACAAGCCAUUCAUUUCAGGUUUAUUUUGGGUAAAAUUCUACAAGCAUUAGUGGUGGAGCUAUCAUGGGAAUUGCUCUGGGUGACCUUUCUUUUAUAUUUAGAUUUUUUAAAGAACAAAUCUAUAUUUGUGUGAGCUGAAACAUUAAAAGUUUGGGGAAAUUAUUGGGGGGAAGGAGAAAUUUGAGAGAUCAUUAAUUUGAAUGUUAGAAAAAUAAGUUUGAGCUGUUAUAUAUAUAUAGAUACUGGAUGC